GGAUUACUCGAGGAAUUGAGUCAGUGACAAUGGAUUGCAAAUACGGUGUCUUCGUGUUUCUUGCCCUCUGCGCUUUGGCCUCCAACAGUCAGGGACAGGCACCACAGGAAUGUCUUGAUUUCCCUCCUCACUUGGACGACGUGGAGUUGGGCUCCCAUUCAUUUAUCCUGAGGUGGUCAAUAGAAAACGACAUAUGGGAGAGAUGUGAAGUCAACGAGCUCCUGAUCGAGGGAGCGAACAUCAGAGAGGCCGUACGCAUAGAGGACGAACACAGAUUGGCACUUGUAGAAGUUGAGGUCCGUGAUGUGAUGCCCGACAGAAUGUACUACCUGCGCGCCUUCGUCCGUCACGGUGAAGAGUGGUCUGUGCCGACAGUGGUUGCCAUCCACACCUUGCCCGAUAGGGAACCGGAACCGGGACCGGAUCCGGAACCAGAACCGCAGGAGUGAUGCGAAGAUGAAUUUUUAAGGCAUUCUUUACACCCGUAUUGUUAAACCAGAUUUUACCGUAUUGUACAAAUAUUUUAUUUGUUCUGAAAUUAAAUAGUUAUCAAUGUAUAUACAAUGUGUUACAAUAAAAAGCAAGUGGGUGAAUUAUA